AUGGGUUUCGCAGCAGCCGAAGGGACGACCGACCCCCCUGAGGUCCGCAACUGGACGAUCCAUUACAUCGCCCUCGUGGCCUCCAUGGCAGCCCUCUCUAUGGGCUACGACACCGCCGUGAUCGGCGGCACAAUGUCGCUCGACUCCUUCGUCCGCGACUUCGGCAUCGACAACAUGACCCCCUCGGAGCGCGACAACUCCCAGGCCAACAUCGCCUCCAUGUUCCAAGUCGGCGCCUUCUUCGGCGCCCUGCUGACCUUCCCCGUCGCCGAGAAGUACGGCCGCAAACGGGCCAUCAUGACCGCCGCCCUCAUCUUCUGCGUCGGCGGCGCCAUGAUGUCCGGCGCGAACGGGAUGCUGGAGCUUGUGUAUGCCGGACGGGCGAUCGGCGGCUUGGGCAUCGGCAUGGCGACGAUGACGGUGCCGGUGUACAUUGCUGAGACGUCGCCACCGAGCAUCCGCGGGAGGCUGGUGGGCGUGUUUGAGAUCUUCUCGCAGGGGGGCGGGAUGCUUGGGUUCUGGAUCAACUACGCCACGGACCGGACGAUUGACGAGCGGCAGAGAGCGCAGUGGAUCGUGCCGUUGGCGCUGCAGCUUCUUCCGGCUGUACUGCUCUUUUUCGGGAUCAUUUUCUGUCCGGAGUCGCCGCGGUGGUUGGCCCGUGGGGAUGACUUCGAGGCGGCGGAGAAGGUAUUGGUGUAUAUUCGCGAGCUCCCUGCGGACCACCCGUAUGUGCAGAAUGAGAUGAGAGAGAUCAGGCAACAGGUUGAGGAGAGGAGCACGAUACGGUUGAGUAAGAAGCAACAGUUUCGAAAGUUAUUGGCCCCAGGGACGAGGAAUCGGGUCGGAGUCGGCGCCUUCCUCAUGUUCCUGCAAAGUUUCACGGGAGUAAACAUCAUGACAUACUUCAGCCCAAGAAUCUUUGAGACGUUGGGUAUCGUCGGAACCAGCAACAAGCUAUUCAGCACCGGCAUUUAUGGUGUUGCUAAGAUGCUGGGUAUGAUACUCUUCGCCGUAUGGGUCGUCGAGAAGAUCGGUCGUCGUGGAGGGCUUCUUUGGGGAUCCAUCAUAGGCAGCCUACCUCUAUGGUACGUUGGCGGCUACGUGAUGAUUGCAGACCCAGCCACAAAUGCCGCCGAAGGAAACAUCCAGUUGAGCGGAUGGGGCUACUUUGCCAUGGUCUGCAUUUAUCUGCACUCUUUCAUAAUUUGCGCGACGAUUCAGGGAAUCACCUGGACAUAUGCGGCGGAGAUCUUCCCGUUGGAUGUCAGAAUGUUUUGCGUUGCAAUUUCAACGGCAAGCACAUGGCUGGGUUCGUUCGUGGUGGCGAGAGCCACGCCGUUCAUGAUCACAGACCUGGGGUACGGAACUUACUUCAUGUUUGCCGGAUUCUUGAUAGGGAUCGGGUUGUGGUCGUUUUUCUGUGUUCCCGAGACGAAAGGAGUCUCACUGGAAGAGAUGGAUGCUCUCUUCUCACGGCCUACUCAUGUUGUCGUCUGGGCACAACAUCGCGGCAGGCCGAUUCUUCCUCAAGACAACAUUUCAGUCGCCGGAUCCAUGGAUAAGAACGGCGCAAAGGUCGAUGAAGUGGCAUAG